GGUGCAGUCCGGGACAAACACGGGGCGGGUUGUUUGGCGGUGACGUCACAAUGCCCGGCUGAUUGUUGUGCCGCCUUUGAUCAGCUGAGCGGCGCCGGAGCAGAACGGAGCGCAGCGCCUGGAAAGCAGCAGCAGCAGCAGCAGCAGCCAUGAAGUUCCAGUACAAGGAGGACCACCCGUUCGAGUACCGGAAAAAAGAGGGGGAGAAGAUCCGAAAGAAAUACCCGGACCGGGUGCCGGUGAUAGUGGAGAAGGCCCCCAAAGCAAGAGUACCUGACCUGGAUAAGAGGAAGUACCUUGUCCCUUCUGAUCUCACAGUUGGCCAGUUCUACUUCUUGAUCCGAAAGCGAAUCCACCUGAGGCCAGAGGACGCCCUCUUCUUCUUUGUCAACAACACCAUCCCUCCAACCAGCGCUACGAUGGGGCAGCUGUAUGAGGAUAACCACGAGGAAGAUUAUUUUCUGUACGUGGCUUACAGCGACGAAAGUGUCUAUGGAGAAUGAGCCAUCGCAUUGCGGGCCUCAGAAACAUGACGGACUGAAAGGGCUGUUGUUGGAGGGAUUUUGUGUGGGGCAGACGUGAGGAGGAAGAACUGGACGACGAACCACAUAUUUCAUGCAUCGUUUUGCCACACCUUUGUUGUUAUUACUAUUGUUUAGACACUGGUGGAAAGAUUUUGUCUUUUUGUGGCUAUCUAAAUGAAUUGGGGGUGGGGGGGGAGGGACACCCAGGUUUGUGAUGGAGAGCCCCUUUUGCCAGCCCUGCCCUCCUUUCUCUUGGGCUCAUUGGCUCAUCUUGAAUGCCCAGUAAAUGGAGGAAGAGAGCUUUCCCUAGUGGGAUUCAGGAUGCCCACUGGAGCCAAGCUGCCAUAAGCAAUCUGGGGUAUACUAAGCAAACACGAAAAACCCUGCCCAUGGGGCACUUCCUUUGCCCUUUGUAAUUUGUCCUUUUAAAGAAGAGCAACCCUCUCUUGCUUGCCUCCUCCCCGCCCUCUGCGUAAGGAAGGGGUGUUGACCAACCUUCUCUCCUGAAACCUCUUCUGCCCCUAUCCCUCCCUCUGGCAUGGCAUCAGGUUGAGCCGACGUUACGCUCAAGGCUUGAAAGCAGAACGGCAGGAAACCCUGUUAGUUGUGGGAGGUGGUUUGUGUGGAGCAGUGCAGUUUCAGACUGGGCAUGGCAUGAGGAGAAAUCCUCUUCUCCCAAGGUCUUACUGACAAAUUGGGUCUCGGAUGUCCGGGACACUAACACCUUCUGUCAAAGGGCAUGAGUGUUUUUGUGAUGUUGUUAUGUGUGGCCUUCUUGCAUGUAGAAGAUUGUUCCUGCAGAACACCAUCUCGGUACCUGAAAUCCCUGUCAUUUGCUGAGGUCCAAAGGAAUUCAGGGGGCGGGCGGGCAAGGGAUGCCGUUCUUUUCCCCUUUCUCCUUCGGUUGUGACUUUUAUGCCCUGGGCCAAACAUGCAUAUGCUCACACUCUUUUAUUACUCUCCUCUUUACCUCAUGCAGCCCACUUAAGAGUAUUAAUCUGCUUCUCUUAUUCCCUCCUGUUUGUUGUGUUGCUUUCUUCACAUCCACCAGCUUAUGAAAUUUCGGCAGUUUUCUGCUGAGGCCAAAAUACGAUUACUGUAACCCAAUUUCCUAGUAUUAUAUUGCCUGAGGGUUAUUUAUAAGAGAUGCUGGGAAGGACGUGUGGUGUGUUAACUGAGCGCAUUAGGGAGCAAACAGUGAUUUCCGUGGGUCUGGGGAAUUGGCAAGUGAGUUUCUUCUUUGGUCUAGUUUCUUCUCUUUCUUUGGGAUGCCGUUUCAGUUGCCAUCACCUGAGAGAAAACCAUGGCCUGACAGAGCAGACUUUCCUUCAGCAAUAUCAGAGGAGGUGCGAAGGGAGACAUUGGAACUGCAUUUCUACACUUUCAGUUCCAUGGGGCUUGAAGACGGAAAGGGGCACUGUGCCACUCCUGAAUAGCAGUUGUGUGCCACGCGAAUGCAAAGGGCAAGACGGGUUGGCUCCAGUGCUAUGUUUUGCCUCAUGAGUUUGUUGCUGUCUAGGGCCCAACCCUUGCUUCUGUUUGAGGUAUACAUUCCUCUCACUCCUGAAUUCUACCUUCAUCCCUUCCUCUUGGCCCCAGCUCCUUACUUUCCCAGGUUGGCCUUGAGAGUCAUGCUCCAGAUGCUCUGAAGCUGGCAAGGCCGGGGCUUUCCAUUGGGGUCCAAGAACACACAUGACGUUGUUCUCAUCUGGCUAUUCUGUCUCACUUCGGGGGCGGUGGCAGUAGUGGAUGCUGGAACCAGAUCUUGAGUUGGCUUUGUCCUCUCCCACCUCAAACCCGGACUGCUGCUAACCAAGUGUUAUGUUAACUUUUAUUUGAACUGGACUGUGGCAUUUACUUUUUCAUUUUUGCUCUAGUCUUGAUUUUCACGAAAGGCUGCGUUGAUUAUUCUUUCUGUGUCAUUAAUUCCAGCCAGCUUCUGGUUCUUGUAAGAUAUAAAAGUCUGUGUUGCAUUGGCUUAAUCAAUAAACACUUACUUGAGAAACUGAAA